GAUCAGUUUUGGUUUUUAGUUUCGCUGUAUGGCAAUACUUUUCCCGAAUUCUGCUGCAAACUGAAAUUUUAAUUGAAAUUCAUUUUGAGAAGUUGUGUACGAAACGUUUCAAAAUUCAGAUUUAUAGAUCAUGCCUAAUAUCAAACUUCAGAGUUCAGAUGGAGAAAUCUUUGAAGUGGAUGUGGAGAUUGCAAAAGCAUCAGUAACCAUUAAAACUAUGUUGGAAGAUCUUGGAAUGGAUGACGAUGAGCAAGAGGUAGUGCCUCUGCCUAAUGUAAAUUCAGCCAUUCUAAAGAAAGUUAUCCAGUGGGCAACAUACCAUCGCGAUGAUCCACCUCCACCUGAGGAUGAUGACUCAAAAGACAAACGCACUGAUGAUAUCAGCUCAUGGGAUGCCGACUUUCUGAAAGUGGACCAAGGUACUUUGUUUGAAUUGAUCUUGGCAGCUAACUACUUGGAUAUCAAAGGUUUGCUGGAUGUUACAUGCAAGACGGUGGCCAACAUGAUCAAAGGCAAGACACCCGAAGAGAUUCGCAAGACAUUCAACAUUAAGAAUGACUUUACACCCAGUGAGGAAGAACAGGUGCGCAAAGAGAAUGAGUGGUGUGAGGAAAAAUAGACAAGACUUCUGUGUAAGAUGACAAAAAUCUGUUUUAAACUUUAUUUUAGUGUCUUUGUGUGACAUACUUUUUUUUACUUUGGUCACAAUAGUGUCAUUGUACCCUAUAAAUCCUUUUGUCUAAAGCAAAAUGGAUUGGCAGUAAAUAGAACUGGACUUCCUGAGUUCUUAGACUGAUUGUGAAAUUACUUUGUCAGGUUUGUUUUGUUCAUUUUUUAUUUAAAUAAAACUUUUUAACUGUAUAUUUUACUGGCAUAAUUAACAGCAAUUCUUAUUACUUGUAAAAUUAACUGCUUAUAUUCAAAAUAAAAUUGUAUAAUCAUGUAAAUUGCCAUUGAAAAUCGUCAGAAUUACAAUGUUUAUUUCAACUAUUUUUUUCACAAACAUAUAUAUAUGGAGAAAAUAAAUUUAUUAAAGUAUAUAUCCUCAAUCUUAUCAAAAUCUAAUGAACCUGCUUAGAAGAUUAGUUUUGUAUUUUGCAAGAUUGCAGUGUUUUUUAAAGCUUUUCGGUGUCUUUUUAUCCAUAAUAACCUGUUAAUUGAAAAGGAUAUUAUAUUUUCAAGUAAGGAAGAUGGGAACAGUUUCAGGGAAUUUCGUUUUAAAAUAAUAGCUUAAAUUUAUUUUAAAUUUUGUCAAUCAUCUUGUUUUCCAGAAGUUUGAUGCGUUUUCGAUGAAUUUGCUUAUAUUUCUAUGAAUAAAUCUGUUUUUAUGUGCUAAAAGUAAAAUUAUGUGUUUGAAAUUAAAUUUGCUUCUUUCUUUUAUUAAUUUAAGAUGAAUAAUAUUUUCAUAGUAAGGCUAAUUAUGUUUUAAGUUCUGUUGAAUUAAAAUGGAUCCUCUAAAUGUCCUUUAUGUAAACAUAUAUAUAUAUAUAUAUAUAUAUAUAUAUAUAUUACAAGCAUUUUCAGUAGGGAUGUAGUGUUGGAGAAUGAGUUGGAUAUCCUUUUUUAUAUAGUAUAUAGUUUGCCCAUGUAAAACACUUUGUACAAGAUAUGUUUAAAAAAUUAUACUUUAUUACUUCUACAUUUUUUUAUUUAAAACUUCUAAAUUUCAAAAUAUGAAUUGUAAAAGUAAAUAAUUUUUUUUUUUUUUCAACAGCUUUUUCUCCAUAUAGGUUUGUAAAUUUUUUAAUGAAAUAUUUGCAGUACUUCCCUACAUUCUUAGCACUUUUCCUUUAUUAAUGUGUUUACAUUUUGUUCAAAAUGUUUAAAUAUGAAAACAGACUAUAAGAAAGAAAAAGCUUGAAUGUUUUGAGCAAUUAUGAAUGCUGCAGUCUCUGUAUUUUACCCCACAUUUUUAUUCUUAUUACUAAUUUGUCCAUAAUGAUUGUUUUGACUGCCUGCAAGAGUCGGAUGGCUAAAAUUGUUCAAUUACUGAUAACUGUUCAAUACUGUAAACUGAUAAGUUUUUAUGUAGUUGUAUGGAAUUCUAUGGUAAUUUAUAGUUUAAUUUUAUUUUGUCUGCUUAAGGAAAUAGAUAUGUAUCUUCAGUUCAAAUAAAUCUUAAUAAAAGUCCA